AUGAUGCGUGAUUCAACGGAGCAGUUUUCGAGAAUCGAGACUACAUGUGGAUUGUUGCUUCGUCAAUUGCAGGAAAUAUGGAAUGAAAUGGGAGAAACUGAUGAUGAAAAAGAUGCUGCUUUGGCUGAUAUUGAGAAAGAGUGUCUUUCGGUUUAUAAGCGAAAAGUCGAGGAGGCUAGUAAGUGUAAAGCGAAUUUGCUUAAAGAAAUCGCUAUUGGAAGAGCGGAGAUUGCAGCAAUUGGUUCUUCUAUGGGUGGACAAGAGAUUCAUUCUAACAACAGGGUUGGAGAGAACUUGAAGGAAGAGCUUGAGAAUGUUAAUGUGCAAUUAGAGGGAUUACGCAAAAAGAAAACUGAGCGAAUGAAUCGGUUUAAGGAAGUUAUUGAUCAGUUACUCAAGUUGUCAGUUCAACUUGGAAUUUCGACUGAUUAUUUGAAGAAGUUUGCUUCAGAAGAGACCGAUCUUUCGCUUCAGAAGUUGGAGGAAUUGCGCAGGCAAUUGGCUGAACUCCAGAAUGAAAAGAGCAAAAGAUUGGAAAAGGUAGAGCAUUUGCUGGAAAUGCUGAACUCGUUGUGCUCGGUGCUUGGUGAAGACUUCAAGGACAUGAUAAGAGGGAUACAUCCAUCUCUGGUUGAUUCCAACAACAGAGAUGUGAGCAGAAGUACUCUUGAUAAGUUGGAUAUGAUGAUUGAGAAUUUACGAAAGGUCAAGUUACAGCGAAUGCAGAAGGUUCAAGAUCUUGCAGUCUCACUGUUGGAGCUCUGGAAUCUGCUGGACACGCCUGAGGAAGAGCAAAAGCUAUUUCACAGUGUCACUUGCAGCAUCGCUUUGUCUGAGUCUGAACUUACUGAGGCCAACAUACUUUCUGUUGCCUCCAUGAAACGCGUUGAGGAUGAAGUCAUUAGGCUUAGCAAGCUCAAAAUAACCAAGAUCAAAGAGGUGAUACUUAGAAAGAAGCUCGAGCUUGAGGAGAUAUCAAGGAAGAUGCAUAUGGCCACCGAGGUUCUCAAAUCAGAAAACUUUUCGAUUGAAGCAAUAGAAUCUGGUGUCAAGGAUCCUGAGCUGUUGUUAGAGCAAAUUGAUUCCGAGAUUGCAAAGGUCAAAGAGGAAGCUUCAAGCAGGAAAGAGAUUCUGGAAAAGGUGGAGAAAUGGAUGUCAGCAUGUGAAGAAGAGUCUUGGCUCGAAGAAUACAAUCGGGAUGAUAAUAGGUACAAUGCUGGAAGAGGAGCUCAUCUUACAUUAAAGCGUGCGGAAAAAGCUCGUAUCCUUGUCAAUAAACUUCCUGGUAUGGUGGAGGCUUUGACAGCUAAAGUCAUUGCUUGGGAGGACGAAAGAGGCAAUGAAUUCUUAUACGAUGGUGUCCGAGUUUUAACGAUGCUUGAGCAGUACAAGACUCUAUGGGAAGAGAAAGAGCUUGAAAAACAAAGACAGAGAGAUCGGAAGAAACUACAUGGACAACUCAUAACAGAGCAAGAAGCUCUUUACGGGUCAAAACCAAGCCCAACUAAAAGCGGAAAGAAACCACUGAGAACUCCAGUAAACGCUGCCAUGACCAGAAAACUCUCCCUUGGUGGUGCCAUGCUUCAAAGCUUGAAGCCUGAGAAGGCAACACUCGGUGGGAAAAGGACCAACUUCUAUGACCAGAACGCUACUAGUAGAAGAGAUUCCACUAUUCCAACUCCUUCAGGUAGAAGAAACUCAGAGCUUCCUGGUCGUCUCAGAUCAAAGAACGUUUCUGCUGCAGGAAAAGCCUUGACGAAGAAAGGAAUAUCUCCAAUGCUUAGGAAGCCUCUUUCGCCUGUUACUUCUAAUAUCUUGAAUUCCCCUGAAGAUCACAAGGAUGCUUACGCAACAAAGUUAGAGGAGAGAAUCAUGACACCUAAAGCCAACGAAGAGAACAGAAAAACCGAGGUUCCGGUCUCUGUACCUACGACUCCUGCAGCUUCAGUCGCUAUGACGGAGGUGACAACGCCGUUUACUCCUGCAGUGGAGAAGAGAAUGGAUGAAGAAGUUGAGUAUUCGUUUGAAGAGAUUAGGGCCGGCUUUCGUUAA